AUUGUUUAUCAUUAUUGUUUAUGAACUAAAUUGUGAGGAUCAAAAUUGAUAUGCUACAUAUAUGUUAAUUUAUUAUCUGAUUUCGCUAAGGAAAUAAUACAUGGAUACAGCGAGUGUUUUAAAUCCAGUGUUCAAUCCUUAAAAUCGUCGGUUUGGUUACUUCCCUGUGGAUUACAUCGGUCCGGUGUGACUUCAGCUGCAUCUGCAACUACGAUAUAGAAAAGCCAGUGUAUGGACAGAUGUCGGCUGGGUCAGCUCCGAUCGGCUACCUCUACGAAUUUGAUUGCAAACCUGAAGGCUUACAGACGGCUAACACUGUCUGGCUGUCGAUCCAGUACGAAGGAAAGUACGGAUACCUGGAGGCAGGGCCGAACGCCAUAAAGCAAGUGUGCCCAGGAGCUCCACCGGUUUCUGACACAGUGACAACCACAUCGACAUCGACCACUGCUACAUCAACUACUACUUCGUCCACAAAAUCAACAACAAACACACCAUCAACAACAUCAAAAACUAUAACCCCAACUACAACACCAACAACAUCAACGCCAUCGACAACAACUACAACCCGAACUACUGCAUCAACAACUACUUUGCCUACUACAACAUCAACAACUACUACAUUAACUACAACAUCAACAACCACUACACCAACUACAACAUCGUCAACUUCUACCACAACUACAGCAUCAUCAACAAAUGUGCCAACUACACAUUUAGCAGCUUCAAAAGCAUCAACAAUUACUACGCCAACUACAACAUCAGCACCUACAAAACCAACAACAACAUCAACAACCACGACAUCAACGCCAACAUCAACAACAACUGGACCGACAUCGAGAUCAACUACAACAUCAGCAACUUCAACACCCGUAACUUCUAGAAUCACAACCACUAGACCUGCAGCAACGAGACCCACCAUAGUAUCCGAUGGAUGCGGGCCAUUCCGUCCAAACGUAAAUUCUAACGAGCCAGGAGUUUUAUUUACAAUCCACGCCUCGGAAAAUAAGUGCUACGAGUUCGUGUCCUUACCAAAGCACAGAUGGCGUUCGGCAGAAAGUCAUUGUACUGCCAAUAAUGGUCAUUUGGCUCACAUUGCCAACAAACAGGAGCAAGAUGGAAUAUAUUCCUAUGUGCAGAGCCAGGGCGGUCACGACGUGUGGAUUGGUUUAAACGAUAUGAACAUUGAAGAGAUAUUUACCUGGGUCUCAGGCGACCCAGUUACGAAUACGAACUGGCAGGAUGGCAGGUUUGCUGCUUUCGGUCAUAACACAGAGGAUUGUGUUAUUUUGACCGACCAAGAACACAAUGGGACCUGGGAUGACAGACCAUGUGACGAAUUUCACGGUUUUGUGUGUGAAUACGAAACUGGUGCACACACGUCCGGAGCAACAACAACAAGCUCGACAACAAGGUUUUUAACAACCCCUUUAACCACAAUCGCUACGCACACGGGCGUUCCACACAAUGGAGUAUCCGCUGGAUGCGGGUCGUUCCAUCCAAGCGCUAAUUCCAACGAGCCAGGGGUGUUAUUCACAAUCAAAGCCUCGGCGAAUACGUGCUAUGAGUUCGUGUCCUUAACAAAUCUUAAUUGGUGGUCGCCAGAAAGCCAUUGUACGGCCAAUGGUGGUCAUCUUGUUCACGUUUCCAACAUACAGGUGCAAGAUGGACUCAAUUCCGUUGUGCAAAGCCAUGGGGGGCAAUACGUUUGGAUUGGUUUGAACGAUAUUAACAUUGAAGAGAAGUUUUCCUGGGUCUCAGGCGACCCUGUAACGAUAACGAAAUGGAAGGAGGGCAGAUUUGCUAUGUAUGGUCACAGCACAGAAGACUGUGUAGUUUUGACCGAUCAAUCACACAAUUGGACCUGGGAUGACAGGCCGUGUAACGAAUAUCAUGGUUUUGUGUGCGAAUAUUCAUCGAAUACCAUAACGUACGGAUGUUCUCAUCUGGCAAACAUCCCCGGAAAUUACGAACCAGGGACGCUUUUUACCGUUGACAGCCGCUGCUACGAGCUUGUCCGAACAAGUCACACUUGGAGAGUUGCUGAGACAAACUGCGUAAACAAGGGAGGCCACUUGGCUAGUAUUGACAACAUGCGGCAACAAAGUGGCGUUUACAAAGUUGUGAGAGGGUCCGGGUUACAGAACGUAUGGAUUGGACUGCACGACCAUGAUAUUGAAGGAUAUUACUCAUGGAUCUCAUGUUCAGUGGCGGGCUUUACAAACUUUAUCACACCGCAUACCAAUUUCCAUGGCAGCCAAGAUUGCGUGUCCUAAGAAGGAGCUACUGGACUUUGGCACGACGAAUCGUGUACUGAGGCUUACCCGUAUCUGUGUGAAAUAGGUACCUUGGCUGCUGGUCAUAUGCCGAAUCCGAUUGGUUGAUUUGUGUCUAGAUGUCCCGUUACGUUUAAAUACACUCAUCAUAAAAAUGUAAUAAUGUCAAGUAUAUGAAAAUGAACAUCUCAACAGCAAAUGCAAUUUAAACAUAGCAAGGAUUUGUUUAACGCGUUCUUUAAUCCGUGUGUUUUGUCAGUAAAAUUGAAAAGAAUAAGACAUAAUUAUGAACUUUUAUCUACAAAUAUAUUUACAUACUGGCAUGUUCCCACCUGUGCAACCGUUCGUCCAUUUUUGUAAAAAACGGAACUAAGCAUUGGACCGAUGAUUUUUGUUAUAAUUAUAAACAAAUUAUGCUUGACGGAUUUACGAUUUGCACAUACAAAAGUAUGUCCUUUGCAUAAACAUCUAAACAAAAGGACAUAUUUUAGCCUGAAUUAGUUACAUACGAAAUACGUGCCUCACCAAUCAAGAUACGUUUUGUCAACAAAAUAUACAAGACAAAAAUACACAGCGGCCAGGUAGUCUUUUCCUUGAUAGCUGUAUUCAUAUUGUAAUUUAUUUAAUAAAAAUAUUAUGGGAA